AUGAUUGCUGCAUGCAGCUCAGAAAGAAUUUUAAUGGACCAAAUGCUACAAUAUUCAAAUUUCCAUUCACAACUCAACGAUUAUGAAAAUCAUUGGAAUAUACCAUUUCGAAAGAAACGUAUAUUAUUAUGCUCGUUUGCAUUGCUCAAUACUGCUUCAUGCAUAUCAUUAAUAAUUGCAUCUCAAAAUUUGCUGGGAAUUCAAUUAUUGGCUUUUACUAAUCUUCUUGCCGCUUUUGUUGUUACACUUGGAAUUAUUCUGUGCAUCCGAAGGUUGUUAAUUGCAGGUCUCAUCUAUAUGACUGUGUUCGUUGUGUUUCAAUUGGUUCUAACGUGUAAUAUAGUUGAAGAAUGCUUGGGACGCGGUGAAACUCUAUUUAAACGCAAAGAUAUAUGGAUUAUUAUUGCUUUAGUUUCAAACAUCAUUGAACUUAAACUGAUUACAACAGUUGUCACCGAUCUCCCAUAUUAUAAACGAGUGACGCAACCACCCUUAUAUUCUAACUGUGUUAACGAACCGACAAUUCUUCGAGUAGAUUCAUUACCUACAUACGAAGAAGCAAUGAAUAUGAUUAAUUUACGAUGUGCGGCAGGUAAUUUUUGA